CACAGAUGUCACUUGCUGAGAGAUACACUGUGAUUUGUAAUGUGAGAUUACCAUGAAUUUUCAAUAUAAUUACUCCAACUAUACUCAAGAUGGCUUUCACCAAGAUCAAGGUGUACAGCACAUCCUUACCAAUCAGGCAGGAGGCAUCUAUUUCCAAGGUGUGGCCCCUACUCCUGGCUCUGGAGUCAUCAAUCAGCCAGUGAUUUGGCCAGAGUAUGGAUAUCAGCCCCAGCAAAACCAUGGGCUGUUCGGCAACCCCACUGCUCUGCCGCAGUUCCUGCCUGUCACCGAGAUCCCAGUCUUCUACCCUAACCCUUCUCAGGGAUACCAAGGGAUACCCCUCCAGGAUGGAUCUGUAGCCUUCGAUCCCUUGCCACAAGGCCCUGUGAUGUUUGUGGAUCCUAGUGGUCAACAGCGUGGCAUUUCUGUGACCUUCCAUCCACAGCUGCAAGCGCCCCUUGUGGCUAUGGGUGGUGCAGGCCCACAGUAUAGUGUCCCUGUGCCCUAUGGUCCACACGUCCAAGCCCCCAUCAUGUAUGUGGAUGCCAACAGGCAGCAGCGUGGUACUGCUGUGCCUUUCGACCUACAGUUGCAGGCACCCUUCAUGUUGGUGGACAACGGAGGCCUACCUCAUGGCACCUCUAUGCCCUCUGAUCCAUAUCUACAAACACCCUUGACGCCGAUGGAUUCCACUGGCUUACAGCAAGGCACCACUGUGCCCUUCAAUCCAGUGCCAGCAUCAAGCGAACUUGCUCAGCUCAUCAGCAUGCCACAGCUGCCAUCAAUUGAGGAGCUGGCUGCUGGACUGAGCACCACUGGACUGAUGAGACCAACCCCAAUGGCAAAGCUUCCAGCCCAGGAGAGCCAGCAGGAGAGCCAGGCUCCCACUGAAGUGGCCGUGUGUGCCCCAAGAGGUGUGACUACUGAGUCACUAAAGCCAGAGGAAAGCUCAUCCACAGCAGUUGCAGAGGCCAAACAGGCACAGGCUGGCCAGCCAAACGUCAAGAUUGAACCCCAGCAACCAGGCACCAGCGGUUCAAAGGACAGCCUGGUGGUCAAGCCCAAAAGUCAGGGUGACACCAAGAUACAGCAGCUGCAUGGUGCCAUGGAGGACGCUGAGGCCAAUCCUGCAGACACAAAUGCCUCCCAACAGGUACUGAAGACUGCUCCGGUUGAGGUGGGCAAGGCAGAAGCCAAACUGCCCAAGAAACCAAGCAACAGCGUCCCAGAGAAUGCUGACAGGCGCAAAGACAAGAAGAGAAAACGCAAGCAUGGCAAGGGUGAGAAAGAGAGGAAGGAGAAACGGCACAAGAAGGCGACAAGCCUGAUCGAGAAAACAACCAAGUCUGGUGAUGGAGAGAAGGAGGGGCCAGACACCGACAGGAAAGCAGGCAGCUCAAAGGUGCCUGAAGAUGAGGCAAAGGGUCAGCACAAGGACUCCUCCAAAAAGUCCACGAACAAGAAGGCCGACGAGAUGCCCAAUGGUCUGCAACCCAUAAGCAAUCUUGGAGAGCAGUUGAAGCGCUGUGCACAAGUCUUCUCUAGGCUCAGAGACGAGCUUCAGAAACUCAAGCACCUAAAACCAACUCCAAAGGAGGCUGCCAAGAAGUCUCAGGACUGGCCAAAACCAAGCAACGUGCCGGAUCAUGCACCUGCGCGCUCUAACGCUGACCAGCGACACCACCCAGCUCCCGGUCAAAGCAGGCCUUCCGCACCCGUACCAGAGAGAAGGGGCCAGAGACCACCAACACCUGCCCGCCAACUACACCCCUACAAGGUGCCCCACUUCUUCAAGAACCACGCCCAUGGCAGGAGAGAAGAUUGUCUACCUGAAGCCCGAGUACCCUGGCAUGUUCCCCGUCACCCUCAUCAACCGGCCACCCCCCGCUGCACCCCUGCGCUUCCACUGCCGGGAGUUCUCCGAGACCAUCACCACCGAGAACCGCACCGAGAGAGAGGCCAUGAAGCGCGAGGCCAAGCGGAAGAGGGACAAGGCUGCCAAGAUCACACGCAGUGCCAUGGACUGCAGUGUGCUGGCCAACCGUAAGCACCUGCCACAUGAGCCGUGGCCGAGGGAGGACACCUGGUGGGAGACCGGACUGGACGAAG